CGACCCCACUCAUUUCUCUCGGCCCGUUGUCAAUUCUCCCUCCAGUUUAUCAAGCGCCUUUGCACCGUUCGUCUCACUAAUGUUCCCGACCUAGUAACCAGUUCAACACAAUCCGUUUUCGAGUUUUUAUCAAGAGCCGAUCACCGGAAGUGUUUAUUUAUUUUAUCACAGUGUUGUGUUCAGCAGUUAUUUUGGAUUCCCCAACAGGUAAGUCGACUCUCUCACUCUCUCACUUUCUCGGCAAGGGAUCCGCGACCCGCCGGCUCACAGUACAUCGUGAAAGGUUCGAACCGAACGCGAGUCAUGCCGGAUUCUGAAAACGUGGCCUCAUACAGGGGCGUGGAGAUAGCUCCACAAUACCAGGGCAUACCCUCAAAAGAAAUGACGAGGGAAUCGCCUGUCACAAGUCCGUCCUUGGCCAGAAGAACGGACUUGAAUCUGAACGGGCACGAGGCGGCCUUUCACGAGCAGAUCCUCCAGGUCGCGCCUCCUCUGAAGUUGGAUCUUCCAGGUCGGCCGAUCAACCGAGCGGACCCUUUGGAAAGACUUAACCGGCAGAGAGACCUGCUGAAACAGCGUCACCAGAUUCAGCAGCAGAUCCUACUUCAGCACUUUCAGGCUCAGCAGCAACAGCUGGCCGAACAGCAUGAACAGCAGAUGAGAGUUCAUUUACAGCAGGAGCUUUGGGAGAAGAAGAAAGUCGCUGAGGAACAGGAACGAGAAAGGGAAAAGGAAAGGCUGGAAAGCCUCAAGAAAAAGGGCAAGCACGAACAAAGCGCAGUCGCCUCCUCUGAAGUCAAGUUAAAAUUGCAGGGAUUCCUCCUGAACAAGAAGCAACGAGAGGCUGCAGCAGCGGCUGCAAACCCACAGCCUUCAACGACCCAACAGUACAGAAAUUGGACUGUCCUACAACAAAAUCCAGGCGCUGACGGUGCAACAACCAGCGGUCACUACAGGAUCAACCCUCUCCUUGCAAAGUACGAAGAUGAAUACCCGCUCAGAAAAACUGCCUCGGAGCCGAACCUGCUCAAAGUGAGGUUGAAGCAGAGAGUGAUCGAGAGGAGAGCUAGUCCGAUUGCAAGAAGAAAAGACAGACACUUGAAGAGGAAAUCGACAUUAGCAAUGGAAUCAGGCAGUAGUAAUCCUGACUCAGGACCUAAUUCGCCUCCUGUUCAUGCGAAUUCUCAACUUUCACCGCCUGCAGGUCAUACAACGCCGAUUAAAGAAGAAGGAGAACCUUACGCGCAGACUUCUGUCAGGUCUGAUCAGAGCGGGAGUCUGAGCGACAUUUCCGCCCUCUAUAGCAGUCCUUCUAUGCCCAACAUUUCACUCGGAAGGCCACCAAAUUCAUCAAAUGAGGGAAGUAAACUUGCUCCUGUGUCUGAAGCAGAAGUGAGAGCUUCAUUGGCUGUUAGGCUUGGAGUACCGCUGACUGGGCAGAUGCUUCCAGGGACUCUUCCAUUUUACCCAACAUUGCCUGUCAUAGACGGGGAAUAUUCCAACCCAAAUUCACCAAGCUUCAUACAGAAACAGAUGCAGACAUUAGAACAGGCCAGGCCUCAAAUACCAACAAAUUACCCUGCGCCGCCAAUCACCGACACUCAGGUGGCACAUGCGAGGUUAAACAAGUCGUGGCACAGGCCUCUGGGAAGGACGCAGUCAGCUCCUCUUCCACUCGGCCAUCCUCUGCUCAAUACAACAGCACCUAUGAAUGCUAUUGUCCAUUAUGAAGAUUCAAGGGAUUACCAGCAACAGCCACAGCAAACAAUUUCCAGUAAUCUUCUCAAGCAACAAAUUCGUCAAACGGUGCUAACAAGGGUCGGUAGUCGAGUGCAGAUGGUUAAUUCACAGUUGGAGCAUACGCCCGAAGCCGAUGAUAAUCCUCCAGAAGUCAUAGAUCUGACAGAAAAGAGUAGUCGGAACCAUCACAAUGAUGAAGAGAGUGAAAUUUCAAGGCAGCAGAGGGAGCGAGAGAGUUUCCUCCAGCAGCAGAGAGAUCUUAUGAUGAGGCACACUCUACAGGUCAACCAGGGCAAUUGCAGUUCAGUUGCGAAUUCAAGAGUGGUUAAUAUAGGAAGGCCGUUGGCAAGAGCUUUAUCAAGUCCUUUGGUUGCUUUAAGCCCUGAACCUCAAGUCGGAAGCAACCAUACUUCACCAAAGCUUACAGGAAGCCCGCAGAGAAUUACAACAGGACUCGCUUUUGACACCGGCAUGCUGAAACACGCUUGUAUGUGCGGUGAGAACGGUUGGCACCCUGAACACGGCGGCCGGCUGCAGAGCGUUUGGGCAAGAUUGGGCGAGACGGGUCUCACAGGACGCUGUCACAAGAUCCGUUCUAGGAAGGCCACCCUUGAAGAAAUUCAAACAUGCCAUAGCGAACCUCACACGCUUCUUUUUGGUACAAAUCCAAUGAAUAGACAGAAGCUCGAUAUGAACAAACUUUCCCAACUGCCGAUAAAGAGUUUUGUAAGGCUUCCUUGUGGCGGCGUCGGUGUUGACUCGGACACAACUUGGAAUGAAAUCCACACGGCACCUGCUGCUAGGAUUGCAGUUGGUUCUGUCAUCGAUCUAGCUAUAAAAACUGCAACUGGAGAUAUCAAGAACGGAUUUGCUGUUGUACGGCCACCCGGCCACCAUGCUGAAGAAUCGCAAGCGAUGGGUUUUUGCUUUUUCAACUCAAUAGCUAUUGCAUCAAGGCUGCUUCAACAAAAACUUGAACUUAGGCGAAUCUUAAUAGUCGACUGGGAUGUUCAUCAUGGAAAUGGCACUCAGCAGAUGUUCUACGAUGACAGAAGGAUCCUAUUUAUAUCCUUACAUCGUCACGACGAUGGAAAUUUCUUUCCAGGAACAGGAGGCCCGACAGAAUGUGGUGUUGGCCCAGGCUUUGGAUAUAACGUCAACAUAGCUUGGUCAGGAGGACUAAAUCCUCCGAUGGGCGAUGCAGAAUAUUUAGCAGCGUUCCGCACUGUCGUCAUGCCGAUAGCAAAGGAAUUUUGCCCAGAAAUUAUAAUGGUAUCGGCUGGUUUUGAUGCAGCUACGGGUCAUCCGGCACCUCUCGGAGGAUACAAGCUAUCCCCAGCUUGUUUCGGUUUUAUGACCCAACAACUCAUGCAACUUGCAGAUGGAAAGCUUGUUUUAUCGCUCGAGGGGGGCUAUGACCUUCCAGCUAUUUGUGAUUCCGCCGAAGAAUGCGUAAGGGCUUUGCUCGGAGAUGACCCGACACCGAUCAGCGACGAGGAACUUAGAAGGCCGCCGAACCAACACGCAAUAGAUACACUUCAGAAAACCAUCGCUAUCCAACUCGGCCAUUGGCCAUGUUUGAAAGAACAAGCACACACUGUAUCGUUGUCAGCGGUUGCCGCUCAAUUGAAUGAUGGAGAGGAACCGGAAACCGUAACAGCCAAUAUGGCAUCCCUAUCCAUGCAGCAACAAGUCAACUCUCAUAUCAACAGUCAUGAGUGCUCAAGGGAAAAUUCAGUAGAGCCAAUGGAGGAGGAUGAAGUUAAGUGAAGAGAGACGGACGUCGUUCGUCUUGUGUCUUCUUUGUCUGUGUCUUAGCACACAUAACAUUCAAUUUUAGUGGUAUCCGUCCGUGGUUUGUCGAUGAUUAAGAAUAAUUACAAAAGAAAACAUUUUUAAAAAAUAAACUUAACCUAGCGGAUCCACUGUGUAAGCCCUUUUGUCCAACCGAACGGCUUGGAAACCCGGUAGGACAUGAAAAAGUCUUAAAUCUCUUCGGAUACUUGGUAAAUACGUUUUCAGUUGCAAUAUGGUUCAAUAAAAUACCAAAGAGUAGAUCCAUAUUUCUUUUUGUUUGUUAUAUAAAUACUUAUUAGGUUUUUAACAUUUGGGAAAUUUUAGUUUUUUAUUUUACACCGGUUGAAUUUAAUUAUUAUUGUUGUUAUAAAAAAAUAUAUAUUUACAAAAACAAAAAAAGAUGCUUGUUAGAGGUGUCAAAGCUUUAGAGUUCAGAUGUUUUGUUUGUUUUUUAAUUCAGAUUGUUAAGGACCAAAUUGAGCUUAAUACAGUUGUCUUUAUAUAAAUAUUGCAUUUAACAAAUAAUAUAAUGAAUAUUUGGGAUAGAAAAAAAAAAUUACCUCCCUUUUGUC